AUGCCCCUGAGCGACUUCCUCAAGGCCUCGCACUUUGCGUUGGGGCCCGACUUGCGGCUGCGCGAGGGCACCAUGUACUCAACAUCGUGCCGAGACUUCCAGGCCCACCCAGGAGUCACCUACCAGCCACCGCACCGCCAGCCGCCGCCUGCGCUCCUCUUCCAGCAGGACGCACGCUGGGCGCUGGAGGAGCGCGUGUCGGAGUCGCACCGCAUGUACCAGCCAGUGCCGCUAGGGACCGCGCUGUCGGACAAACAGGCGCGGGAGCGCACGCUCGCCUUGCAAGCCACCAACCUGCACAUGCACGCGGACGCGCACGAGGGCAUCUCCAUCCCCAACUCGCGCGCUGUAUACCGCUGGCCGGAGCUGCCUGCGCGCGCCAGUGAGCAGGUCCGCAGGGCGCACCUCAUCUUCGCCGGCGACUCGGUGCCACCCGGCGACCGCGCCAAGCUGGGCAUCCCGCUCACCACGUACCAAGCACUCUUCCCGCCUCACGACGCCUACCCGCAGCCUCGCGCUCCCUGCCAACACCUCGGAGGCCUCAGUCCCCUCAAGGGGGACCACAGGACACAGGAGCACAGCACCUCCUACCAGAGACAGUUCCAGGCCUUGCCGGGGUCACCCGCCUUGAUGUGUAAGAGGGCCUCCUCCAGUGUGGAAUUGGGAGACUGUGAGAUUGGCUAUGGGCACCUGUGCUCUGAGCAGAAGCAGGCCUACAGGUCCCAGGGUCUGCCCCCAGACAGGUAUGACAAGGCCCAGGCUGCGGCCCAUGUCCACUACGUGAAUAUUCGUCCUGGAGACGGCCUCUUCCACGAUGCCACUACCAUGGGCCAGCACUUCUACGCCCGAGAGACAGAGCCUUUUGUUCUUCACCACGACCGGACUCCGCUGUCGCACAUCCUGGAAGGAAACCAGCACCCCGGUCCAGGCAGCCUCAUCACCUCCACGCGGUUUUUCCUCGGCCAGCCACCGCCCCUAAACCAGCCAUGCGGCCGCCACUUGCCCCACGAGAAACUGCAGAGUCAUGUGACUCUAGGGGAGGCGUCGCUGCUCAGACACUUCUUUCAGACCUCGAUGGGUUCGGACUACCUAGCCCCGGAGUCGCAGCGGCCCCUGAAAGCGCUCAACCUACACCUCCACCAGAGCAACCUGCCGAGGGGCACAGGCAAGACAGACUUUUUAACCACGAACCAGAAGAUGCUGAAGCCACACAGAACAGGUCCGGCUCGCAGGACUGAGGAGAUGCUUCAGCGGUGCAAGUACAGCCACAUGGAGCCCCCACUGGGCAGACAACGCACCUUCUCAACCCGCUACCAGGAGGAGUUUCCCUACAAGUACCAGGGCCCGGUGGUGCUGAGCUCUGCCGACACUCAGGAGAGCCACAUGUUCCCGGGCACGCCUUGCCAGUUGCACUACAAGGAAAGGAAGGACCCCCGGGCCCCCCAGACUCCCACCUACCCAUGCCACAGCAAGCAAUAA